CACGCGCCGACAGCGGCACUGUACGUAUGGCCUUACACUCUACGCUGUUUGUCUUUUCUCUCGCUUUCGCAUUGCAACGGACCGCAAACGCAUGCUUUCUUUUAUCACCCCUCUAUCUCAUCAUGCUGAUUUGUAUGCCAAUCACAGAAUUGCAUGUACUUUGGCUAUUGAUACUAGCACAUCAAGUACCUAAAAGCGAAUUAAAGAAAGAAUACCGGAACAAACCUCAUCGCUUACUGCAGUUGACUUGACAUACCACAGCAGACAUGGCUGACGACGACAACUUCGACAUCGACAUCUACGGCGAUGACUCCUACCAAGACUCGACCGCACAGCAAGACACCACCAUAACCGACACGAACACUCCGAACACAGAUGCGAACGCUGCGACAUCAAACAACGUAUCGGAUACCACGAAGGCGGAGAAUGGCGAUCAAGCUAUCAAAGAGUCUACAGAAGACACCACAAACGGGGAUGGCCACCAUGACCAGAGCACCCAACAAAUUGCAUCUACAGGAGGUGCAGCUGGCCUUGACGUUCACAAACAAGCACCUCAGCAACAGGGCACAAAGCGCAAGCAGGGUGAGGACGACGAUCGCCCGACUGACCCUGGCGCGACCGCAGCCCUCAUGAUCAACGAUGUAAACUGGUGGAUUAGUGAAGAAGACAUCCGCGGAUGGGCGAACCAGAGUGGUUGCGAAGAUGAACUUGUCGAGGUAACCUUCAAUGAGCAUAAGGUCAACGGCAAGAGCAAAGGUCAAGUCUUCACUCUCUUGAACUCACCACAGGCAGCCACUGCUCUGAAGCACCAGAUCGAGAACCUCUUCCGAGAUCAAGCCCACACGAAGAAGCCGACCGCGAUCUUCAGUCCUCCACACGUUAACCCGUUCAAGACACUACCAAAGGAUGUUCCCGCGCGAGAUAAGGGUAGGAACGACCGCGCUACUUCCGGCAACUACGGCAACCAGGGUGGAUAUAACAACAGAGGCGGAUACAACAACAACAACCGUGGCAACUUCAACAGGGGAGGCAUGGGCUACCAAAAUAACCGUAACUUUUCUCCUGCUGGUGGUAACAUGGGCGGCUACGGGGCUCAAGCACCAAUGGGCAACUUCGGCAACCCUAUGGGCGGUAUGAACAACUUCGGAGGCGGCUUCAACCGCGGUGGUAUGAUGGGCGGUAACAUGCGUGGCGGUAUGGGCAAUCGCGGUCGUGGCGGCAACAUGGGCAUGAACCCUAUGGGCGGAAACCCCAUGGGUGGCAUGAACAUGCCUAUGGGUGGUAACAUGAUGGGCAUGGGAGCCAACAUGAUGGGUAUGGGUGGUGGCAACAUGGGCAUGAUGGGAGGAAUGGGAGGUGGCUUCGGCGGCAACCCAGGAUUCAACCCAGGAUUUUUCCAAGGCAAUCAAGGCGGCAACGAUGGCAGCUGGCAGAACCCGCACGGGGCCAAGAGACCCCGCCCCGAGUAGGGUGCAGAGCUGGAGCAUGAAUUCCACGUGCCAAAACAGCUAUGCAAGACACUUCGCCCGAAAACUAAUUCGGCGGAAGAACGGUCAAUCUAAGAACCCAAGCUACAAGACCGCCAUCUU